GGGGGGUGUGGCCAGGGCAGGGGCCAGGCCCGUGCAGGGGCGGGGCCAAGGCUGAGUACUUAACUGUGCUGUCUUGGAAACCCCACUCCUGACAGGGCGACCUCCCCUCUGUGGCCCCUGGACAGAACACAACAUGAGGGGUCCGCUGAACGCUGGUUCUGUCCACAGCACUGCAUGGAAGAGACUGCUCCUAACAGGCACCCUGCUCGCGGCAACCUGCAUCUGCUCUGCCUCCUCGGAGCUGCCGUCCUCUGCGCCUCCGGACUUCCUGACCGAAGGAGCCAGUGCUCACCUCCCUGUCCCCGGCAACCUCGAUGACAUCCUCUCCGCUUCUUGGUUCCGAGGGCACGAGGCCCAGCCGGAAGCCAUGAUCUUCUCCCCUGAGGGCCUGCCAGGGCCCGGCCACAGUGGCCGGGAGACGCUGGGCACCCAAGGCAGCCUGCUCAUCAGAAACGUGACAGCUCAAGACUCAGGAAGCUACACCGUGGUGCUGAACACCAGCAGGGGGCGCAGGAGUGCGACAGAGCAGAUACGCGUCACGGCCAUCUCUGAGCUGGUGUGGGUAUGGACGUUCCCGGAGAACACCGGGGGCGUCAUCCGGAGUGACCUCAACUACUCGGUGGUCCUGCAGUGCAGGACCACGCUCAGCCUCGAGCCCGUGCUGCACUGGACCUUCAACGGGAAGCCCUGCUGGGCCGAGGACAGGCUGAUCAUCCGGCGGUUGUCCAGGGAGCACCUGGGCUCCUACGUGUGCGUGGUCACCAACAACCAGAAGCAGCAUUCCUCCAAGCCUGUGAACAUCUUGCUGUCGGAAGUCAGCGUGGACCCCACAAAUCAGCCCAUCGAGCCGGACCCCAUUCUCCUUGUGUCAGGAGGGUCUGCCAUCGCCCUCGUCGUGGCCGGCGGCGCAGGGAUGGCGGUGCUGUUGGUAGGCAUCAUCUUCACCAUCACCCAGGCCCACAGGACUGAUGGGCGAAGAAUGCGAAUGUGCAGCUGAAAUGUGAGCCCCUUGCCUGUCGGCUUAAGAGCAGGUGGCUCUCAGCGCUUCUCCGCUCACGUGGAGAAAGACACCAUCCCACAGCGUCCACAUCUACAUACAACACCACUGUUUAAGGGAACAGUCCAACUUGGCCCAAAUCCCUUUGCCUUGCUUCUGAAACCAUGGGGAAGGCAUCUGAUUGGCUCACUCGGGUCAGGUGUCCACCUUGGUCCCACCACUGUGGCUGGGGCGGGGCAGGGAUGUUUUGUACAAUCGGAGCCCCAGGAGCUCGGGGGGGCUCUGAAAAUAGGGGGCAGUUGGCCUCAUAAACCGGGUAGAUACCUCGAAAUGUGUCUGCCGCACACACAGCUAAUGUUUGCUCCUUUCAAAAAGAAGAAGACAAAUACCAUAUGAUCUCACCUUUAAGUGGAACCUAAUCAACAAAACAAACAAGCAAAAUGUAACCAGAGACAUUGAAAUGAAGAACAAACUGACCAGAGG